GGGGUAGGAACGCCCAGUAGUAACACUGACACUUCCUUGUUGCAGUUCCAGAAGCUGAGUUUGCUUCCCCAGCAGCAAACGAUCCCUGAGCUCUUAAAGCUGUUUCAAUCAUGAGCGAAGAAAGACUCAGAACGGAGGAUGAAUCUUCAGGCGCAGUCACUCAAAACAAUCCGCAAGUCAGAGGAGGUUCUGAUGCCGGAGAAACCGACUGGAAAGCUGCACAGAAGGCAUUUGAAAAGAUAGCUUCCACAAAGAAACUGCGGACUCCCAAGUGUCAAGAUGCUAUCACGAUCGCCGUGUCUUCUCGCUGCCUCUUUAACAUGGUGGAAGAAAGAAAGAUAUAUGAACUGCAAGGCCUGGAAAGUUACGUGAAAUACCAACAGGAACACGAAGAGGAGCCCCUGAAGAAGGGGCCGGCUUUCCCAUUAGUGAAGGCACUAGAAACUGUUAACUUACGACUACGUGAACUUUACCCUGACAGUGAUGAAAUAUUUGAUAUUGUACUGAUGACUAACAACAAUGCCCAAGUAGGCGUGAGGCUGAUAAAUAGCAUCAAUCACUACGAUCUGUCAAUUGAAAGGUUCUGUAUGACUGGUGGGAAAAGUCCAGUUGGGUAUCUGAAAGCAUACCUCACCAAUUUGUAUCUUUCAGCAGAUUCUGAGAAAGUGGGAGAAGCAAUUGAAGAAGGAAUUGCAGCAGCGACUAUGUUUCAGAGUGAAAAGGACCUGCAGCUUUCAGAUCACCAGCUCAGGGUGGCAUUCGAUGGAGAUGCUGUUCUUUUCUCUGACGAAUCAGAAAAGAUCGUGAAGACUCAAGGAUUAGAUACGUUUUUUGAACAUGAGCUGAAGUUUGAGGACAAGCCACUUGCACAGGGUCCUCUCAAAGGAUUUCUGGAAGUUUUAGGAAAACUUCAGAAGAAGUUCCAUGCCAAGGACUUGCGUUUGAACUGUCCCAUCAGGACUUACCUGGUGACCGCGCGAAGUGCUGCAAGUUCUGGAGGAAGGGCUUUAAAGACUCUUCGCAGCUGGGGCCUGGAGGUUGAUGAAGCACUUUUCCUUGCAGGGGCACCUAAAGGACCACUCUUGGAAAAAAUACGCCCUCACAUUUUCUUCGAUGACCAGAUGUUCCAUGUUAAAGGAGCACAAGCACUGGGAACAAUUGCAGCACAUGUUCCUUAUGGCAUGGGGCAGAAAUACAACAAAAGCACCCCCAUAACUGAAUCUCCAAAAAAAAGUUAAUCUUGAGCAGGAUAAACUAACUCCUAUAUAUAUAUAUAGUUUACACCUGUGCUGCAUCAUUCUAUGCUACCUGUAAGUGCAAUGUGAAAAAAUGUCAAUCCUGAUCAAAAUUUGGCUUUAUUCAGUGGGGUCUAUUCAUCAAAGCACUUAGACAAAUGUUUACCUCCUCUUUUUCACAUUUUCUAACGCUGCAGUUCAGUUUUUUAUAUUGUCUAGCUUAGGUGCAGGAGGACUGCAUGAAAUUAGUCAAUUUAAUAUUUUCAUGUUGUAUUUAAUUUGAGCACAGUAGUCUUGAAGCAAUUUUGUUCACAUAGAAAUGAACAUCUUGCGUUACUUUCUCUUUAAAACUGGAACCAUUUGAAAUUAUUCGAGGUAGCUUUUCUUUUUAAAAGCCACAUGAAGUUUACAGAAUGAUCAGGCGAUCACCAACAUUUUCCUCGUCUGGCAGCAUCAGUGGAGAGAAAUCAAAAUUAACAUUUUGGAUUGAGUGACCCUUCCUCAGAGGGAGUUUUGAGGUAUGGUCACUCGACCUGAAACGUUAACUCUGAUUUCUCUCUACUGAUGCUACCAGACCUGCUGAGCUUUUCCAGCAAUUUCUGUUUUUGUUCCUGAUUUACAGCAUCCACAGUCCUUUCAGAUUUUACCAAAGUUUUCCAGUCUUGCAAUGAAUUGUGCUGAGUACUUGGCCUUGAUUUUUAAAAAAAAAUUAAUCGAUGAUCAGAGUUUUCUCAAAGUGCUGGGAAAACCACUUCUGCGAAGUGAGUUUAGACCUCUCAUUCACAUUAGUAAAGGGUGAAAUGCCUGCUUUCACUAGGGGUAAAGAAUGAAUCUUCAUCGACAGUAGCAAUAUGGUGAGUGGCUCGCCUCUGCUGACAGUCCACCCAUGCUACCCAAUGUUGAGUCUCUUCUCCUCCCUAGUCCACCAUUUUGAGGCCUUCAGUGACCACACAGCACCUGAGCAACAGGUCUCAUAUGACUCAAUCCCUUGAUGUUUGAAUUCCCCUAGUGCUUAAUGUUUUCCUUCGUAAACUCUCGGUGUGGUCUUUGCCCUUUACGCGCAGAGAAGAAAUUGUUUUCAUCCACCUAAAUAAUUCUUCUUAUUUAUCCGAUUUUGUUGUUUAAAUUAAAGAUGUUUCAGUUCCUCCAAUUCCCUCUUAUAACUAAUAACUCUGUUCCCUGAUAUCAUUGCUCAGCACUACUGGGCUUAAACAAGUUUUGACACUACAUUGCAGUUGAUGUUAAAUUGGAGGAAAGAAUCUUAUGCAACAUGUGUGCUGGGAACACAAGACAGCAAUGGGUAUAAGUAUGGUGGAGACCAAUAAUGUAUGUGAUAUAUGAAUUCAUUUUUAGGAACCACAUAGCACCAUAUAUUUUAAUUAUUUUCUCCUCAGUAUACUAACAAGUGGCAACUAUCCUAGGUCUCUGAAAGACUGGGAUUCAUAACUGUAACCCCCACCAAUGGUCCCAUGUUCAAUGCUGUAUUUAUCUACAGAAUGCAAAGAAAAUUCGUCACUAUGUUGCUCUUUCCUCCUGUUGUGCAUCAAAUCUGCUGUCUGUUUUAUUGCCUGCAGUUGUAUACAUGUUUACAUUUAUGAUUAUCUCACAAAGUAUUGCAAUAUUUGGGCAGAAGUCUAGGGUCACGGUGCAGGACACCAUUACACAUGAAACAGUUUGGGGGAGUUUGAAAAGAUUGUCCAGGAAUUAAACAGUGAAUCUUGGGAAAAUAUUCCAUUACUUCCUGUUUUCAUUUUGGAUUGUAAAAUUGUAAAGUGCAAUUGAUUCUAAAAGUGAUAUCAUUUGGAAGUGAAUGUUUUGAAUGAAUGCUGUGUGAUAGAUUUGUUAAAAUUUGUUUUUUUAGUCAUUUGGACUAGGAUGCCUGAGAUGGUUCGGUAAAUCAAAUGUAUUGGACGUUCCUCUGUGUUUUUGUACCUUGGUAAUCACUAUCCAUUCAUGAACUGCUAUAUUAGAGGAAGCAAUGGCCUCAUGGAAUUCUCACUAGACACUUAACCCAGAAACUCAGCUAAUGUUCCGGGGACCCAGGUUUGAACCUAGGUACGGCAGAUGGUGGAAUUUGAAUUCAACUUCUAUGGAAUUAAGACUCUAAUGACGGCAUAACAUUAUCAAUUGUUGCAGGAAAGCUCAUCUGGUUCACUAAUGUCCUUUAGGGAAGGAAACUGCCAUCCUUACCUGGUCUGGCCGACAUGUUACUAUGGACCCAACAGCGAUAUGGUUCACUCUUAACUGCCCUCUGGGCAAUAAGUACUAACUUAGUCAGUGAUAGCCACAUCCUGUGAAUGAUUUUUCUUUUAAAACAGUGAGAAAUCUUCAGAAGUAAUUUUUCAAAGGUUUUCUGAUUAGUUCAUUCACUUAACACCUUAACACUUAACAAGCAAUUAGAGAUGAUGUCAGUCUUGAAAAAACCUGUUUUUCUGUGAAUUCCUGAAUAAAUGUUUAGUGAUUGUAAUAACAUCAGUCAGCUGGACCUCAUAGAAUAUGAUUUCCCUGAUUGGGACUGUUAAUCUGAUCCAGUCAGGGAAACCUGGCUGACAUGAAAGGAUAAAUUUCAGCGAUAUUGAGCCCCAGAAUGUCUGACUCAGCAAGAUGCAGUGCUAUUGUCAAAAACUAUGUAUUUGUACAUAAAGGGUGACUGGUAAUGGGAUACUAGCCUCUGAAGAGUUAUUUCAAAAAGGAGUGUGAAAAUGACAGCAGAGUUCCCAACUAACAGAACUUUUCCUAAAUUAGCAAUCACACUUAAAGAACCAUAAAGAUGGCUACUCUAUGAAAUGUAAAUGUCAUAUAGAAGCAGUACAAUAUCUUUUGUCCUGAUUGGAGAUUGUUCCAAGAGAUUCUAAGUAAAUUGUCACUUAUUUUGUGUCUAACAAUGAUUAUCUGUUGGUCAGUACUACUCUCAUUUAAUGGGUGUUAUAGGUCAAAAUACUGGAAUUACCCAUCCCACCCCCAUACCUCUGUGGGUAUACUUGAAUAUUCUGCAGUCCAUGGGGUAUAAGAAGGCAGCACAGCAUCUUCUCCAGGCCUGUUAGGGAUGGACAAUAAUUGCUGGUUUAGCCCGUAAUGCUCACAUCCUAUGAAUGAAUAAAUUUUAAAAAAACAGGUAAGGAACUGAUAUCAAAUUUUAAUACCUCAAUUUCUUUUAGAAUUAGGAGUAAUAAAUGAGUUGUAUAAAAAUGUGUCCUUCAUAGGAUUAACAUCUGUAACAAACAAGAGGUAAUUUUCCACUCUGUUCUCCUAGCAACUGAGAUUUGGAAAAUAUCUAAAUGAUGCUGCCUUUAACUCAAGCAUGAAAGAAAUAGUCAGAGCCAUUAAUGAUCAAUGACAUCUGUAGUUUGCACUUGGAUUAUUUCAGUAUUUUGUUGUAAAAAUCACGUCUUUCUUCCCAUUUAAAAAAAAAAUUAGCUGCACAGAACUCACACCAUUUAUUUCCAUGCUUGGUUACAAUAGUCUCUAGUAGUAUAUUGACUUAAGUUUAUCUUUUUGCAUUGUGGUUUUAUUUUAUUCGUUUUGUUACCAACAACUGCUUUUGUGCAUAUUUUUAAAGUAUACUGUACUUGGUCUAAUUUCAAUAAAGCUGGCUUAUAUAAACUCACAAUCAA